CUGGGGGUCAGUGUUGGGUCGUCAGCUGUCGCCUCCACGCAGAGCGGCCGCCUCUGAUUGGCCGCCUGUGAAACAUCUGUAUUCAGUUCCAGUGGUUCGUGUCUCCGGCCAGAAAGCUGCAGCUGACUGAGGGCUCGGUGGUCAGACAGCGUGGCUUCCAGCGGUAACAGCCGGUAACAUGCAGCUGGCUCCCGGGCGCGUCGCGUCGCUGCGGGUCGGUCCGGAUGUUUGGAUCAAGCUGUUUCGGGCUCUCUGACGCUGACAGGAGAACUUCUGGGGCCCAAAAGGAAGACGAAUGAAUGAGUCAGGAUUACGCAGCAGCCCGGUCACAAUCAGUGUCUCUCUGAGAGGGUUUUUCUUCCCGAGAUCGAGCCGUCCUCCCCGCUGCUGGGAGCCGGGUCCGCCGCUGAGGAUCCAGGUCUGCAGACGGAGGGUUUUUUCUGAGCGACGCUGCAGACACAAAGGAGCUCUCCUCUCUGUUUUUCCUGUUUUUAAGGUGACAGCUUUCCCUCUGCGCGCCCACCAGCCGCCCAGACUGUCUGAGAGACCUGAAAUAUUGGACUAUUGAUAAGUUUCAAUCAGAUUUCCUGUCGUUGCGUCGGGAAGCUGCCGGGUUGGACCGAGGAAUGUUGUGAUUUAUUUAUUUUUAUUCUAAGGAGGAAGCAGAUCCAUCCGGAGCGUUUUAAUGCAAAGCCUGUGCAGGAUCAAGAUGCAGUUCCGGACGGUGCUGGACGUGAAAGUUGUGGACGUGGAGAAGAGGCGGAAUCCGUCCAAGCACUACGUGUAUGUCAUCAAUGUCACCUACUCUGACAACACGUCUCACAUCAUCUACCGAAGAUACAGCAAAUUCUUCGACCUGCAGAUGCAGCUACUUGACAAGUUCCCAAUUGAGGGAGGGCAAAAAGAUCCGAAGAAGAGGAUCAUCCCGUUUCUCCCAGGCAAAAUCCUGUUCCGGAGGAGUCAUGUGCGAGACGUGGCCAUGAAGCGGCUGCGUUUCAUCGAUGACUACUGCAGGGCUCUGGUGAGACUUCCUCCUCACAUCUCUCAGAGCGAGGAGGUGCUGCACUUCUUCGAGACGAAAGCUGAGGACAUCAACCCCCCAGUAGAGGACUAUGGAUCCAAGCGCAAGUCUGUGUGGAUGUACGGCUUUACAGACAGCCCGAGGAAAGAGGCCUCAGGGAUUGACAGCUCAGAGCCCAUGGUGCUGGAGCAGUACGUGGCCGUGGCCAACUACGAGAGGCAGGAGAACUCUGAGAUCAACCUCAAGGCUGGCGAGACGGUGGAUGUGAUCGAGAAGAGUGAAAGUGGUUGGUGGUUCGUCAGCACGUCGGAGCAGCAGGGCUGGGUCCCAGCCACAUACCUGGACUCCCAGAAUGGAACCAGAGACGAUUCGGAUCUGGCCACCUCCAGGACCGGAGAAGUUACUAAGAGAAGAAAGGCUCACCUGAAGAGGCUGGACCGCCGCUGGACCCUCGGUGGUAUAGUUAACCGCCAGCAGAGCAGAGAGGAGAAAUAUUUGACGAUCCAGCCGUACACCAGCCAAGGCGCGGAUGAAGUGAGCUUUGAGAAAGGGGUCACCGUGGAGGUAAUCCAGAAGAACCUGGAGGGCUGGUGGUACAUCAGAUAUUUAGGAAAGGAGGGGUGGGCACCGGCCUCCUACUUGAAGAAACUAAAAGAUGACUUCUCGCCUCGUAAGAAAACCCUAACGGGCCCCGUGGAGAUCAUCGGAAACAUCAUGGAGAUCAGCAACCUGCUGCAGAAGAAGUCGGUCAGCGAGAAGGACAUCCAGACAGACGGAGAGGGAAGCAACACGCCAGAGCGCCACAUCACCAAGAGCGAGAUCAGCCUGCCCAUGCCCUAUAACUCAGAAAUCAACGCCGAGACGGGCAGGAGGCUGAGCGCCGGCCGUGACACCAACAGCCCCUGCCUGGGGAUAGCCGCCAGUUCUGCCCUGAGUGAGAAAGUCAGAGGGGAGCCCGGGUCUCCAGCUGUGGCACGAGUGGCUCCACACAGAGUGGAAAUUGGCUUUGAAGCUGUAGGGUCUCCAAAUCUGAGGCAGAAACCUCCCCCAAGAAGAGAAACCAACUUGGGUCUCCAGUUACCAAAGCCACCAGAGCCCCCUGCUGUGGAAGCAGAGUAUUACACCAUAGCAGAUUUCCAGUCCUCCAUCUCCGAUGGCAUCAGUUUCCGUGGAGGACAAAAGGCUGAUGUGAUAGAGAAGAACCCAGGAGGUUGGUGGUACGUGCAGAUUGGGGAGAUGGAAGGCUGGGCCCCCUGCUCCUACAUCGACAAGCGCAAGAAGCCCAACCUCAGCAGACGGAGCAGCACUCUCACCCGCCCCAAAGUCCCUCCACCGGCUCCCCCGAUCAAAAAACAAGACUCAGAGGACGCCCCCCAGCCUCUCAACCCUUCCUCCAAAGCCACGGAGCAGCCCAGCAGGCCAGUGUAUGAGGAACCGGAGUAUGAUAUUCCCGCAAUCGGAUGCGAGGGCGAAUCUGACAGUGAGUUUCUGAAGAACGAGCGCUCCCAAGAGGUGAAGACCAGCAAUGUUGUCUCUGAAAAGUACCACAGCUCCCCUCCAUCAAAUAAAGCUUCACCUCCGGUCUGCAAAGCUUCCCCAGUUUUCGCUCAUCGAAGAACCUCGUUCAGAUCUGUUGAAGAGGUCAGUAAGGAGGAGUGUAUCUAUGAGAAUGAUGGCUUCAGACUGAGCAGUGGCGUUGAAGGAACCAGAGUUAAAGGUUCCAGUGAACCCAGCUCUCCAAGGAGCUACCAUUCCUCAACAGUCCCAAGGAAACCUUCUGGAUCUUCCCCUUUAGCUGGUCUAACCAGGAAAACGAUGACACCAGAGAUGAGCAGAAGAAGCCAGACACUUGGCAGACAUGUAGACAUGAGGUCUCAGGACAGCAGCCCUCACUCUUCAUCAGACGAACUAGUCAGAGGUCCAAAGAAAAAUCCCGCCCUUAAGCGGGAUAUUGAACCAGGAAUCGGUCAGAGCCCUUCCACCAGACCCAAGCCGUCUGUCAGACCUAAACCCCUCCUGACCAAAUCAGAACCCCAGAGCCCUGAGAGAAUGGACAUCAGCUCUCUGAGACGGCAGCUGAGGCCUGCCAGUCAAUAUCGACAUAUCCUCAAACCGACUCGCGGGGAUGACUCGGAGACAGCUUCUGUUAUCUCCUCAGAGGGUUCCAUGUGUUCACGCAGUACGUCCGAUCUGUCUUCUGUAUACUCUAAGGGGAGCCGAGGGGACUCAGAUGUGGAAGGCCCUACCUUGUACCGCUCUGUCGAUGUCUACAAGAAGGUCCAGGACUCUGAAAUCAGUUUUCCGGCAGGAGUGGAAGUUGAGGUUUUAGAGAAGCAGGAGAGCGGUUGGUGGUACGUCCGCUGGGGCUCAGAGGAGGGCUGGGCUCCCUCUUAUUAUCUUGAACCGGUCAAGAAGGUGGGUGAUCCAAGUGUUUUAGAGUCAAAUGGACAAAGAAAUAGUGGGAAAAAGUCUAACAGCCUGGAGAAGAAUGAGAAGCAUGUUUUAGCCCUGAAUAACAUCAACAUUCAGGGUCUGACCCAGCAGCACCAAGGAUUGAGAGGAAAUUCUCCUCCGAUUCCUUCCAAGCCCCCCGGAGGCUUCUCCAAACCCUCUGGACUGGUUAACGGAGGUGUACGGAUGAGAAAUGGUGUACGGCAGGUGGCGGUCAGACCCCAGUCUGUUUUUGUGACCACAUCACAGACCUCUAAGGAUUCCCACUACAUGACUGGUUCCUUACGGAGAAACGAGUCCCUCGGCAGGAGUGACCACUACAGCUCUGGUUCUGCCACUCUCGGAGUUCGCAGAAAUGCCUCCUUCAGUACUGUACGACCCCACGUUGUUGUCGAAAGCCAGACGAGGCCAGUUGAGCGCUCCGGUCUGGGAUGCUCAGGAACCGCCUUCAGCACCUCCAAUGUCCCUGAUGCCUUGAGCAGAGUGAGCCAGCGCAACGGGAUCCCAGUGUCCACAGUGCGUCCCAAGCCCAUCGAGAAGAGCCAGCUAAUCCACAAUAACCUCGGCAGGGAUGUGUACGUGUCCAUCGCAGACUACCGUGGCGACGAGGAGACUAUGGGCUUCACUGAAGGAACAUGUCUAGAGGUUCUGGAGAGAAACCCCAACGGAUGGUGGUAUUGCCAGGUGCAGGACAGCCUGCUUCCCCGCAAGGGCUGGGUCCCGUCUAAUUACCUGGAGCGGAAAAAAUGAAACCCAGUCCCCUUAUAUGAUGUCUCCAUAGAGCUGUGGGCCGUGAGUCCCUAAGAAUGUUACCCCCAACCUCCCUUAAGCAAUAUGUCCUUGAUAAUGUACACUUAUGAAAAGAUGGAGGAAAUAGGAAAGAACACAAUAAAUUUUUCAGAGAAUGAGAGAAAAAAACAGAACACCUCUGAAGCAGGAAGGCAGAGAAAAACAUUGACAUAUUAAGGGAGAGGUUUCGAUUCUGCAGAAGCCAAGCAGGAUACUGGCUUUGCUGAUUAUGAUGGCCAAUAAGUGCCUUUUGUGUUUGAUCACCUGAUGGCAGAACUUUAAAUCAACCAAAUCUUUCUUCAAGAGUGCCAUAGUCCUGCGAACACCACCAAGAGUUUUACUAUUACCGCUUCAGAGUUCCAAGCAUCCUGAUUCCAGUUCCUGAUCAGACAGAUUGACGAAGACGACUAUGAAAUCUCUCUUUUUUCAUGUCUGUUUCAUUGUCACGUUUUGAUGCAAGUCUUCCUCUGAGAAUUAUUUCUGCCGUCUUGGAACAUCUGUUUGAAGUUCAAACUAACUCUGAACAAACAAGUUGGCCUAAACUGGUGCUUACAUUCCUCAAAGGUGGAAAUGAUAUUCAAACGUGUAUUUAGUGACGUGGAAAAAUUUGGAAGUUGGAUAUUUAGUUUUUUAAUGUAUGCCUUGUAGACCAAAAUUCCAGACAAAACAAGUAGCUUACAAAGAUUUUAUCUCCAGAAAAAUCUGUUCCUAUAUGUGUUUUGUUUCAUGUAUGCAACAUAAAGCUGCUGUCACUGCAACAUGUGAAAUAAAUCCCAGGGACACUUUCAAAAUGUGAUCACACCAAAUAGAAACAGCUUUUCAUUGGCAAAAUAAACAUUUUCUACUUUACCUGUUAUUUAUGGUAAAAAAAAAAUGAACAGGCUUUUAAUUACAAAUAUU